CAAUAUGAGGCGAUAAAGGAGAUCGCUAAGUGCAUCUCCUUCAUUGCUCCUGGUCCUCAUGUGUUCCUGGUGGUGAUCCAGGUGGGAAGAUUCACACAAGAAGAACAGCACACAGUGAAACUCAUUCAGGAGCUGUUUGGAGAGAAGGCAGCAGAAUACACCAUGGUCCUGUUCACCUACGGAGACGACCUGGAGGCCGACGGAGUCUCUGUAGAAGAGUUGAUCAGUGGAAACAAAGCUCUUCAGGACUUCAUCGGUCAGUGUGGGAGAAGAUAUCAUGUUUUUAACAACAGAGCCAAGGAUCCCUCUCAAGUCAGAGAGCUGUUGGAGAAGAUCAACACGCUGGUUCAACAAAAUGGAGGAAGAUGCUACACCAACACCAUGUUAGAGGAAGCUGACCUCAGGGUGGUCCUGGUUGGGAAAACUGGAGCUGGGAAGAGCGCAUCAGGAAACACCAUCCUAGGAGAAAAACGUUUUAAAUCCAUGCCAUCGACUUCUUCUGUGACAGCUGUAUGUCGGAAGGAAACAGGAAAGCGUGACACUCAAAAGGUGGCUGUAGUCGACACUCCUGGUCUGUUUGACACCAACAGAUCUCAAUGUGAGACGAUAAAGGAGAUCGCUAAGUGCAUCUCCUUCAUUGCUCCUGGUCCUCAUGUGUUCCUGGUGGUGAUCCAGGCAGGAAGAUUCACACAAGAAGAACAGCAAACAGUGAAACUCAUUCAGGAGCUGUUUGGAAAGAAGGCAGCAGAAUACACCAUGGUCCUGUUCACCCGCGGAGACGACCUGGAGGCUGAUGGAGUCUCUGCAGAAGAGGCAAUCAGUGGAAACAAAGCUCUGCAGGACUUCCUCGGUCAGUGUGGGAGAAGAUAUCAUGUUUUUAACAACAGAGCCAAGGAUCCCUCUCAGGUCAGAGAGCUGCUGAAGAAGAUCGACAUGAUGGUUCAGAGACACGGAGGAAGAUACUACACCAACACCAUGUUAGAGGAAGCUGAGAAAGCCAUAAGAGAGAAGCAAGAACUGAUCCUGAAAGAAAAUCCAGACCUCAGGGUGGUCCUGGUUGGGAAAACUGGAGCUGGGAAGAGCGCAGCAGGAAACACCAUCAUAGGAGAAAAACGUUUUAAAUCCACGUCAUCGGCUUCUUCUCUGACAGCUGUAUGUCGGAAGGAAACAGUAGAGUUUGGAGCUCAAAAGGUGGCUGUAGUCGACACUCCAGGUCUGUAUGACACCAACAGAUCUCAAUAUGAGGCGAUAAAGGAGAUCGCUAAGUGCAUCUCCUACGCUGCUCCUGGUCCUCAUGUGUUCCUGGUGGUGAUCCAGCCGACAAGAUUCACACAAGAAGAACAGCGAACAGUGAAACUCAUUCAGAAGCUGUUUGGAGAUAAGGCAGCAGAAUACACCAUGGUCCUGUUCACCCGCGGAGACGACCUGGAGGCUGAUGGAGUCUCUGUAGAAGAGGUAAUCAGUGGAAACAAAGCUCUGUGGGACUUCAUCGGUCAGUGUGGGAGAAGAUAUCAUGUUUUUAACAACAGAGCCAAGGAUCCCUCUCAGGUCGAAGAGCUGCUGAAGAAGAUCAACACACUGGUUCAGGGAAACGGAGGAAGAUGCUACACCAACGCCAUGUUAGAGGAAGCUGAGAAAGCCAUCAGUGUGAAGCAAGAACAGAUCCUGAAACUAAAUCCAAGCAUUCAGCUUGCAUAUGCAAGAAUGCAGGCUGAGGAGGACAACUCCUUCAUUAAUGCUUUUUUAAGUCGAGUUCCACUUUAUGGAGCUGCUGUGGGAGCUGUAAUUGGAGUUCCACUGGGUCCAGCUGGAGUUGCUGUGGGAGCUGCAGCUGGAGCUGGAAUUGGAGCUGGAAUUAAAGCUCUGGUGGGAGUUAUAAAGGAAUUCGUGGCAGAGGAGGAAUGUGUCAUCCAGUGA